GUAAACCUAAACAUGCUGGCUGCGCAUUUACUCAUCAUGGCAAGGCAGCUGCCGCCCCCCCCUUCACCCCUCCCCUGCGCCGCCUUUUCCUAGGUGAUGUACCCAUCAUGGAUCUCUCUUUCUUUUCAGACUACCUCCCGUUGACCUGCAUGUAAGUUACAUGCAAGAUACGGACUUAGUCAAGCCGGUAUUCGAGUAAGCUUCUGUCGUCACUUGGUGCCUUUCCUUGUACCUUCCCUGUCCCUCAAUAAGAGGCACGCGCAACCUGGCCAGGCUGCAAAACCCUAUAAGGCUACGAUGCCUCUUCUCGCCCUAAGUCGCAGCAGGACUCCUGUCGACUCAUCAGUCACCUGAACACAUUCACUUUCCAGUCCUUUCCUUUCGUGUUCUCUAGGUCGACCUUUUAUUUUAUAAGAUUUCCUUUUGCCACUGCUUCCCGAUCCGUCUUGACUUCCAUUGCUUCACAUCUUCACAUCUUCACAUCUUGAACACUCAUAUCAUUCACACUGGAUCACUCCCUUAUCACGACCAUCACACACGAGACCGCCUACCCACACGAUUCCACGCUUACCUCGCCAACCUAUAUAUACAAUUGCUUCCCCCUGCCUUCGUUCUGAAGCCAUUGACUCACACUCUUGCCAUCUCGAGAUCCUAAACAUUGACCAUGUGUUACCAAUUAAUCGAGCGAUACUCUGCCUGCCACUGUCUCUACUACCAGCAUGCCGUCGACCGUUGCCCGGCGUACGGUCAGUCAGGACACUCCGUCACAACCCGUACGAUAUUAGUGGGAUAUGCUUGCCAAAAGCACGCGCAAACAAGCAGCUACGGCUCAUAUGCCGGAAGUCAGUCAUAUUCGGAUUCGGGAUACUACAGCAACCAAUCUCGAGAUAGCUCUUACCGCCACCGUCGAUGAAGAGUGUUGUCUUCGGUAAUGGGUUGCUGUGCGUGGCAUUCUCCGCCGCUAUUAAAGUUCGAAUUCGAGGACUGGGUCUCAUACCUAUACUCUUUCAGACCUAAACCGAAAAGGUGGUCGCCGUCCCGUCGGCCCUCUCAGCUAUCGUUGCUGUUCAUAGGUCAUGACCGCAUAAUGUCAACGUCGGCUCCUCCCGCACUAUAACGAAGCCAUUGGGUCUUUUUUUUUAAGCGCCCUGUCGUACGAUUCGGCACUGAACGGAUCGCUAUGGAUGCCACUACGUCACACGUCAAGUUAUCGAAGACUCGGACACGGAAUAAAAUAUGACAUGUCAUCUUAAUACCGUCAAUUGGCGACGGGGCCCCGUUUUUCGGCUAUUUCCAUCUUCGGCAGUUAGAUUUAUCUGAUAUUUGCUAGCAUACCGUCGACAAAACCGCGGCUUUUCGAACUUCACGGGCUGGACGCCAUCACUCUCCUUCAACACAUCUCAACUUUUCAGUUUUUUUUCUCUCCUGUUCAUUGAUUUAGCAUAGCGUCGGCGAGGGAACAAAUCUUGCAUUGGGAUUAGGAGGAUAUACAAAAACAGACGAGGUUAAUGUGGUUUCCGACUCAUGCUAUCUUAACGUCACGACAAGGAUCGAACCAACAUCUCACGAGAAACGUUAAGUGACGCGGAGGUAACUGGAUCAAAAGGCCGGCUCGAAAGCAUUUCCAUUUUUCUUUCCCAUUUUCUGGUUUUGGGUUACGCAUUCACGGGCGAUUGGGAAUAUACCAGGCGUUUUUCUUUUUGGGGGAAUUAUCUAAUUUUGGAGAGAGGGAGGGGGGUUUGGGUGCUGAUUUCCUUUUCGAAGGGAUUAUGUGAUCUCGGCACUCAAACCCCCAGCUCUUAUUUCCUUGCUUUCUUGAGUUGCGUGUUGUUUCCUUCUGGUUUGUUUUCUUUGGGGCUGCACUCUUCUCCUAUCGCACUGUUCUUGGUUUCACGCAUUCCUGCAGGUCAGGUGUAACAACAACCACAAACUAAUGACGCUCAGGCAGCAACCGGGUCAUGUAUUUCUAACAUAUUUCCUUUCCCAAAAGCUGUAACUAGCUGAGCUAGGUUUUGGAAUGUUGGAGGGACGGGUAAACUGGAUUUACCCUAGUUGGUAGGAUUUGGUCAGACCUCGUGGUCUGCCUGGCACAGCCCGAUGGUCGACUUAGAUCCUCAUCGUUCACUCCUACAAUACCAACAGGAAACAGCUUUUCGCGCUUCGUCUGGUCACGGAGACGCGCCGUAAAAGACUAUCUAGAUUAGAACUCUCAGCGAGCAUAGAGCGGAGGACGACUUGCAAGUCUGGGGAGGAUACACAUUGAUUACGCAAUGGAAACUCGAUAGAAAGCGGCUCAAUUGACGUUGAUUAGCU